AUGUCUUUGCCCAUGCUAGUGAACGGCGCCGACUGCGGCCCCUCCAAUCCGCUGCAAGGCCUCUCCAAGCGUUUCGACCAGGACCGCGGCGUUCAACAAGACCAUUUUGGUGCGGGGCGUGCAGGUUCAUCGAAGGAGACUUUCCGAACACAAUAUUCCGCCUCGCCGGGCGUAAACCAAGACGCUGCACGGUUCUUCUCGGCAGGCCCCUCUGCAGUACCCAAUCUAUCUGCUCCAUCUCCGUUUGAUCUCUCUGCUCUUCACAACAAUCUCCCCGUCGCGCAAACCCAUGUCUCGCCGCAUGUGCAGUCCCCUAUUCAGUCGCCCUCGCAGGCUGCUCCUGCCGGGUGGGCCGCAGACUUCUUGCUCCAGCAGCCUGGCGCGUCUUCAUCCCCGUGGAUGAUGGCUCGCCAGAGUACGCCCAUGUCCAUGGAGCAAAGCAUGUCCCCUGUCCCGCAGAACGCUCCCGCGUCAUUUAUGCCUGGCAUGGCCUGGAAUCGUGCCGGCGGCGCCCAAUUCAUCCCUAUGCAGCCCGCGUUCGCUCAAGUACAGCCUCAGUUCGACGCUGCAAAACUAGAGCAGGAAUUUCAGUCGCGAGAACUGUCUCUGACAUCUCCCGUCGGUCCUUCCGUCCUUCCUCGGACAGCUGAUCUAGUCGGCGAGACUUCCUCCAGCGCGAGGUCCCACGAACCCGACGAGCUAGCGCGCACUGCUGGCCUCCUCAUCGACACCGUGCAGAACGAGACAAACCCGAAGUUCAAGAAUAGUGCCUUUAUGGGGCUCAUGCGCCAGCUGCGUGAUGGAGAAGUCGUCGUUGACGGCAAUGACAUGGUUCAGCGAGCCGACGCGAUCGGCGUCGCUAAUGCACCGGUCGACGUCAAAGGCAAGGGCCGCGCGGUCGACAUCCCACCUGUCACACCGAUGAUGCAGUUGCCCACCCUGCAGAGGCCCAUCACCACUUCGACCACCGGGGCUACGUCAACGCUUCGCGAACAAACCUACGACGAGGCCGGCGCGACGCGUCAGGAAGAUCCCAACGACGCGUAUUUCCGGCAGGAAAACGAAGAUUACAUCGCGAUGCAGCAGGGCUGGUCCGCCCCGAAACAGAUGCCUUGGCGGCGGCCGGGCACGCAGGCGGCAGAGUGGGACACCCUCCAGCGCGACUGGGAUGCGUUCGAGGCGACCACGCACGGGCUGCGGCCGAUGGCAAAUUACAUGUUCCAGGCGAACAACCCGUAUCUGAAUGGGGAAGCCUCUCGCACGAGACACCAUUCCUCCCAUUCGGGAUUACCGCAGACGCUCUACGAGAGCGUCCUCGAGAUGGAGGCUGCUGUCCAGCGGGAUCCGAACAACGCCGCUCUGUGGUACGACCUCGGGGUGAAGCAGCAAGAGAACGAGCGGGAGCAGAGCGCGGUGCAGGCUCUCCGCAGGGCUCUCGAGCUCGACCCGACGCUUCUAUCCGCGUGGCUCGCCCUCUCUAUCUCCCACACGAACGAGGGCAGCCGUGCGGCCGCAUACAGCGCCAUUCGGGAGUGGGUCGAGCGCAACGAACGGUACUCCGCGGACGUCGCCCGGUUCCGCUCCCUCAACCCCGAGCCGCAGGACGCGAGGCCAAGCGAACAGCUGACGCACCUCAUGCAGUGCCUAAUGAGCAUCGUCCGUGAGAACGCGGGGGGCGACAUCGACGCCGACCUGCAGAUCGCGCUCGCUGUGCUGCUCAAUACCAACGAGGACUAUGCCAAGGCUCGCGACUGCUUUAUCACGGCACUGGCGGUGCGCCCAGAGGACUGGUUGCUUUACAACCGCGUUGGUGCGACACUCGCGAACAGCGGUCAUCCCGAAGAUGCUCUGCAGUACUACUACACUGCCCUUGAGCUCAACCCGGGGUACAUCAGGGCAAGAUUCAAUCUCGGAAUUUCAUGCACGAACCUCAGGCGCUACGAGGAAGCGGCACAGCACACUCUCGAUGCUCUGCUGUUGCAAGAUGCAGACGGCGUGCGCGACGAAGGCACUGACGGCCGAGGCGUUACGUCCGGUACACUUUGGGACAGUCUGAAGACGUGCUGUUUACACAUGCAACGGCUCGACCUGGCCACGCUCUGCGACCGCCGUGACCUCGAAGCAUUCCGGCUCAACUUCCAAAUGCAGUGA